AUGGAUGGACAUAAAUUUAUGGUACUUAUCAACAACUUAUACAUGCAGAUUUUAUCAUGCUUAAUUUUAUACUUUAUCAUUAUUACUAUGUUGAAUAUGCUUUUUUUGGGUCACAUGCAAUUUUAUUGCGAGCAUCCACGUGUUAAGAAUUAAGGAUUAUAUUUUAUAACAAGUAAGAAUGAUAACAUUUGUAAAUAUAUAUUAUUAAUACGUCUUUUAAUUGAUUUACCUUGAAGAGAAAAUAAAAAUGAAGGAAUUGAUUACAUGCACGUAAAAAAUUACUAAAUAGCAUUAAAUUGGUAUAGUAUAAUAUAUUUUAGUAAAGUUUAUUGUAAUCAAUAUAUAUUAUUGAAAAUAUUUCUUUCAGUUGCACACGAAAAUCAUAAAAAUAUAAAAGAAUUUUAUUAAAAGUAUACUUGUAAUGUAAAGAGUAGAACAUUCAAAUAAACCGCGCUUGGAGACUAACGUGUAUGUCGAUUUAUCGAAACAGAGUACGUAGGUUGAAUUUCGUGUAACAAGUGAUCGUAUUUCUACAAAUAUUUAACAUCUUUUCCAGUAACUGGAUAUAUUUAACCAAAAUUCAAGGUAUCAUAUUAAAUAUUGUACCUAAUUAAUAUGUAAAUUGCUUUUAAUGACAAAUUUAAACAAUAACUUUCAAAACUUUUAAUUCAUUGCUAACCUAUAAAUGUAUUUUCAUUUAAUAUCAAAUUAUUGAAACAAAAUAUAGUAAAAAUUAUAUUAAAAAGAGUAUUCUAAUAAAAUUUAUUUUCUUUUAUUUAUAUUUAUUUUAUUUUUAAUAUCUAUUUUAUUCAAUUACGAAGUAUUUUUAAAUUAUGUGCAAUAUAUUUUAAAUUCAUUAUAAGAAAACUAAAAUGCAUGAAACAUAAUGAAUGAAUAAAAUGUUAAUAAAAAAUAAUAAAAUAAUAAAAUAAAAAAUAAUAAAAUUGAUUUUGAAUAUUUCUUUCAGAUGGGUAUGGCCAGGCAUGCUCAAUUUCUUGGUCGGACAGUUAUGGUUCAAAAUAAUAAUUUAGAGAAAGCUAACCGUUUAUUGAAUAAUGUACUGUCAAAAGAAGGUAUUUUUGAGCAAUACAGACGUACUAGAUACUAUGAGAAACCUACCGAAAAAAGAAGAAGAAUUAAUUAUGAAAAGUGCAAAGCUAUUUAUUGUGAGGAUAUGACUAGAAAAAUCCAGUUUAUUUUAAGAAAAAAUAGAGAGAAUCCAUUUCCUGGCAGUGAGUAAAUUGUACUCUGGAAGUCAUCUAUAAAUUUGUAGCCAUACAAUGUGGUGGUAAAUAUCUUUAUUUCAUCUGAAUUCUGUACAAAUUACUAAAAAAUAUUAAAUAUAGUAAAAUACUGAGUAUUAUAAUAAAAAAAUAAAAUAUUCGAAGAUUGAUGCAAUUCUUCCUCUUAUGACAAGAUUUCAAGUUGUCUGACCUGUCAAUUGAUUAUAAUUUUUAUAUCACAUGUGUAAAGUUUGGGCCUCAUGAAUGUGCCCUCCACUAGUAGAGGGAAAAUAUGUUGCUUUUUAGGUAAAUUAGAAGUUUGAUGAGUCAUAUGCGAUACAGGGCCACAUUUUGGUGCCUAACAUUCUGGUAGUAACAAAUAGUAUUUCGAUUGAUAUAUGAAAUGUUAUUCUAUUAGCGUUUAUAUAUAUAUUUCUAUUAGGUUUGUUUAAUCGACCUGCAUUUAUAUACUAAUUUAUUAAACUUAUAGUAAAACCAAAUAACUCUUCAAAUUUUCUUUUAUUAUUUUUUUACAAUGUAUAUAAGUUGGAUUAGUUAUAUGUUUAUAAUAUUUUAUAUAUUUACUUCAAUCAUUUUUAUUUUACACAAAUUAUUACUUAUAUUAAUAGUAUUUUUCAUAAUUAUUAGCUAAUUCUACAGUUAAAGUAUAAGGAAUAGGAGUUUGAAAUACAGACGCUGAUGUUUUUAUUCAAUUUUCUACAAAUUCAGUAAUAUUUAAUUUGUUUUAAUAGAUUCUAUUUUUUUCAUGGUAAUAUCAUUAAUAUUUAAUAUACGUUUAAUUAAUUUUUAAUAUACAUCGCGAUAUCAUUAAUAUUUAAUCACAUAAAUUUAUAUCACAAAUAAGGUAUAUUGUAUACAUACAAUUAUUGGUAAUAGACAAUUGUUUAUUUCAUUAAAUAUAUUUGUUACUUUAUUAAGAGUACUAAACUUUUGCUGUUAAGAAACUAA